GAUGUCUAGUUUGACCUCUAACCUUAUCUAAUUGCAUGUCUGCAUGGCUCUGGGCUCACUGUUGGUGUUUAUUUUCAUCAUUAGUGCACUUUUCAACCAUCAGAGAGUAUUGCAUAGCCAUCGGAUCGACCAACCACAAAUGAAUGCACGUUUGGAAUCAAAACCAAAAUGCAGUCGUUUAAAACAUUCAAGAAGUUUGCAAAAAGUAUCCCAAAUUUCUAUACAGAACAAGCGUCAGGUAGAAGAAUAGAAGAGCAGACAAGGUUGUGACAGAAUCCGGUAGAGAUGAAAACACAAUCCACACCAUGUAGUACAUAUAGAAGCUGGUAAGUGGGACGUAUGCAGCAAGGAAGAGGAUGGAAGAGGAUGAAAACACAAACCAAAAUGUCGACGGUGGUGUUUGGCGAUCACCAGCAAUGUCUCAAAAGGUAAGAACAAGGAAUUGGGAGUGUGUUGGCCUGAAGGAGGGGGAGGUGCUGGGUCUUGUAAUGUGGCUUCAGAAGAAGAGCCAAGGUGCAGUUGUGUUGUCCAAUUGGGUGGCCUAACUCGGUCCUGCUAAGGGCUCCUUGUGGACCAUCCAAUAGUCAGGAAGGAGACCUGCAAGUUGUUCAAAGGAGGAAAUGGUGGAUGCCAUGUUGAAAUGUAACAUCCAGCUACUCAAGUGUCUAAUAUUAGGAUAUAGUUAUGGCAUGUCAUAGAGGUAGGUAAUGCAACUAAACAUAUUUUUUUCAUGGUUGGCCACCUUUUCUUUAUGUUUGGACCCAAGUUGGACUUCACUGCAGUAGUCUUGAGGUAGUUCGUUAGAAAGUAGGAGAAACCGUUCACCCACUGUUGUUACUUCCUCUACAUUUCCUAUAUAUAAACCCAUCCAUGCUUCUCCCUUCAACUCAGAACACAGCAACUCUCUCCCUGGGAAAAAGCCUCAUCAACCCCUCAUCUCUAGGAUCAAAUGGCAACAAGAGGGUUCUGCAUUGCUCUAGCAGCGGUCCUUAUGACCACGCAAUGGCUGGGUGCAUCAGCCCAAUCAAGCAGCUGCACAACAGCCCUUGUUAACCUUUCUCCCUGCCUGAACUACAUCACAGGCAAUGAGUCAAACCCAUCAAGCUCUUGUUGCUCACAGCUCGCCGCCGUAGUCCAGUCGGAACCACAGUGCCUGUGCAUGGUCCUCAACGGUGGGGCUUCAUCGCUCGGGAUCACCAUCAACCAGACCCAAGCUCUAGCCCUUCCUGGUGCUUGCAAUGUUCGAACCCCACCUGUUAGCCGGUGCAACGCUAAUGGCAGGCCAGUUGGCUCCCCGACUACGCCGUCAGCGCCGAGCGUUCCUUCAGGUGGUGGAUCAAAGGAUGUUCCAACAACAGGCACAAAUUUUUCAGAUGGGACUACUGUCAAGAUCCCAAUUUGGAUCAUUUUCUCCCUUGUGUGUGUUGUGGCCUACUUUUCCACAACUCAAGUCACCUUCUAAGUAUGUUCUGUUACCCUCCGAACUGGGAAGCUCUUGUCCCACAGAAUUUAAGCAUCAGUUGUGUACCAUAUAUGGUUGACACUAUUCUUUGGUUCUGUUUUUGUGAUUGAUAUGUGCCCCUUUUGAGGCCAUUUGAGUAUGUACUACGUAAUACAGAGAGAUUUCUAUGUCCACUGUCUCUU